AUGUCCAGCACAGCGCCGUCAUCGCCUGCCAUUGUUCGUAAUUCGCCAAGUUCCCGCCAUGGCGACCGACCGCUUCGGACUCAUUCCACUGCUACACGACCGUCGACAUCUUCGACCGCUACACCCCAUAGAUCUCUCUCACAGUCUCAUUCGCAUACUCACUCGAAUUCUGCAUCCCACCAUCCUAAUCUCACCAAUGUCGCACGACGAGAUUUUGAACAAACCAAUAUCGCACAACAGCCAGCCCAGAGAGCUUCUUCACGCGAGCGUACCACUGCGCCCGGGAGGAAUGACUCCACCCGAAGCUCACACAAUACUGGUUCAAGACAUGGGCAUGCAAGAUAUGCUUCGGACGUCUCGGCGACUACAAACGGUAUCUCUGGCGCCGGGAGCAGCAGUAGGACUCAAGGGCAGACCUCAAGGGGGCGCAGAACAACAAUAGAAGCUGCAACAGGAGUUUGGGCACUGGGAAAGACCAUCGGUGCCGGAAGUAUGGGUAAAGUCAAGCUUGCAAAGAAUGUUGAAACCGGAGAACAGGUCGCUGUCAAGAUCGUUCCACGGCAGUCAACAGACGAACAUAAGACGCAACAGGAUCGUGAGAGAGCCGAUCACUCCAAAGAAGUCAGGACUGCUCGAGAAGCUGCAAUCGUCAGUCUUGUUCAUCAUCCAUACAUCUGCGGUAUGCGCGACGUAGUCCGGACUGCGAAUCAUUGGUAUAUGCUCUUCGAAUAUGUCAAUGGCGGACAGAUGUUGGAUUACAUCAUAUCACACGGCCGAUUGAAGGAAAAGCAAGCGCGCAAGUUUGGCCGUCAGAUUGCAAGUGCGUUAGAUUAUUGCCACCGCAACAGCAUCGUUCAUCGAGAUCUCAAGAUUGAGAACAUUCUAAUUAGCAAGACUGGCGAUAUCAAGAUUAUCGAUUUUGGCUUGAGCAACUUGUUCUCGCCUAAGAGCCAUCUCAAGACAUUCUGCGGCAGUUUGUACUUUGCGGCCCCCGAACUGCUACAGGCAAAGCAAUACACCGGACCUGAGGUCGACAUUUGGAGCUUUGGUAUAGUCCUCUAUGUCCUGGUGUGCGGAAAGGUACCUUUCGAUGAUCAAAGCAUGCCUCAACUACAUGCGAAGAUCAAAAAAGGAUACGUCGAGUAUCCUCCUUGGCUGUCUGCCGAGUGCAAGAACCUUAUAUCCAGAAUGCUUGUCACCGACCCACGGCAGCGUGCAUCGCUAUCAGAAAUUUUGAACCACCCAUGGAUCACCAAAGGCUUCAAUGCUCCUCCUGAAAACUAUCUUCCCCAGAGAGAGCCCCUCCAAUUGCCCUUGGACCCUGAUGUCGUCAAGGGUAUGCAAGGUUUCGAUUUUGGGACCACAGAAUACAUCAAUACCCAACUUACAAGUUUGCUUGAUUCUGACGACUACCAUCGCGCAGUCAGAUCCGCUGCCCAAAAGAACCAAGUGCAAACCCCUGAGACUGAGCGCAAGCGUGGUGUUUUCGACACAGUCUUCUACAAACGUCGAAACUCAACUACGAGCCGCGACACACUCACCAAUCCAUCAGCAGAAGCUUUGUCAGUCGGCUCUGACCCUGUCAAUGCGUUCAGCCCUUUGAUAUCUGUUUACUACCUCCAGAAAGAGAAACUUGAGCGCGAUCAGCAAGAGGUAAAUCCUGGCGCGCUUGGCCUACCGACUAGUCCGGGUGAGAAACCGCUGAGAAUCCCCGACCUUGUGCCGCCAGAAGCAGCGUACACGAACCACGCAUCUUAUGAGAUGCCGGGUGAGAAGCCGACUGGUGGAAGAUCAAGACCAAGAGCUCGAACUCAUGGUGAAGACGAAGUUCAACAAGCCAUGCAGGACCUGGCCUUGAAAACUUCCGCUGGACCAGCAUCCCCAGCAAUUGUCACUCCACCGAGCGAACAACCCCAGGUCAAGAAGAGUAGCACCGCUGGCGCUCUAUUGCGAAGGUUCAGCACUCGCAAGCAUCGUGAACCAGAUCGCGAAAAGUCACAUGGACCACCAAGAGUCUCUGUGUCAGGUCCUCCAGAAUCGUCAAGUACUCCCCGUAAGAGCUUCAGUGUCAGGAGGGUCCGUGAUAAAGAGGCGCCAUCAACAUCAACGCUACCACCCACCGAAUCUCAGCAACAGCAUGAGCUGUUGGCACCCAAUAGCACCGGAGGCAAUACAGCCGGAAGUGCCACCAAGCGGAUUAGAGCAUUAGGGAGGUCUGCCAGUGUCAAUUCAACCGAUCUCAGGAGGCGACUCAGCCGUCGCGGAGUAUCUGCUACUGAACCUCGACCGACGAGUGAAUCAGAUAAAUCCAGUAUAAGCGAGAAGCGUACAGCUGGCGAUGCUGCGUCGGAGGAGACCCACAACGAAGCAGCUCGACCCAGAGGUCCUGCUAUGCGAGCCAAGUCUUUAGGACAUGCCCGUAGGGAAAGCAUUCAAGCGCGGCGUGCUCGAAGAGAUGUUACUAGGGACUCGCAUGUUCCAGAAGAGACAGACCAAGAACUAGCCGAAGAGGAAGCAGUAGAUGGCUCUCGCAGCCCGGAAAUUAUGAAGCCCGUCUACUUGAAAGGCCUGUUCAGCGUAUCCACGACUAGCAACAAGCCUCUACCCGUCAUUCGCGCAGACAUCAUAAGAGUCUUGAAGGAGAUCGGAGUGCAGUAUUCCGAAAUUAGAGGAGGGUUCAGUUGCCGUCAUGCGCCCAGUAUCGAUCUCAACAAGGUUGUCGAUCCUCCAUCUCAGCUUAAUGCAAGGGACACCAAGGAAAAACGACGAAUCAGCUUUGGUUUCAUGCCAUCAGAUCGUGACAAGGAUGACUUUCGCGAUCUGCAUAAAGCCCCAAAUACGCCCAGAUCAUCCCGACAUCGAUCGGGACAGCUGGAUCAGAGCUAUACGAACUCGGAAGCCUCCGAUGAAAGUGUUGGCCGUGACGAUCAUAAACGGUCUCGUGCAAGAGCUGCGGGCGAAACAACGACUCAUGUCCAAAGUGAUCUUGGUGGCAGCAUGAUACUUCGCUUUGAAAUUGUGUUAGUGAAAGUCCCACUUCUUUCACUCCAUGGUAUACAAUUCAAGAAGGUUGACGGUGGAACAUGGCAGUAUAAGAACAUGGCACAGAAGAUUCUCGACGAAUUGCGAUUGUAG